UGUCAUUGUGCUGGAGAACUGAAUACAACAAUUUAGAAUGAGUAAGCCAGGAGGCUUGUUUCUCUCCUGUAAGGACGACCAGCAGCACCAAAAUAUCUCUGCAAUGCCAGGAUGGCGACAUGCUUUUGGAAGUGUGUUAAGAAUAGACCCACAAUGGGGCUCGCUCCCGUCUUCUGUUGUCUGAGAACAGACGGUUGUCUGCAGGGGACAGAAGAAGAGGGAAGACGGAGUAUUUCCGUGCUUUACUUCAUUCAGUCUUUCAGAGACCUGGGUCACUCAAGUGGAUCAGACUGGAUAUUGCCUAAAGGGAUCGAGCACAUGCUCCUUCUACAAGAGGACUGGAGUGUUUGCCUGCCGUCCACCUGGAGGUUGCUGUGCUGCUGGAGGCCGCUGUGAGCCUUCACAGAAAGGGUGGAGAUGGAAAGAGGAGAAGACGAGAAGUAGAUGGAUAGGCAGUGAGGUGCUGGCUUCAGGGUUUUGCCCUCUGGACUGGAACUGGAGGACGGGAAGCUUCUGGAAGAGGGCCUUGAGCACAACAGGCAUGGCAGGAUCAAGUGCCUCAGAGGUCCUCUUUAUCUUUGUCAAUCACAGCAUCACUUUGAUGGGAAAAGUGUGGCUCAUUGUGAUGAUCUUCCUCCGUAUCCUGAUCCUUCUCUUUGCUGGUUAUCCUCUCUACCAGGACGAACAGGAGAGAUUUGUGUGUAACACUAUUCAGCCGGGCUGUGCAAAUGUCUGCUAUGAUCUGUUUUCUCCCAUCUCUCUCUUCCGUUUCUGGCUGGUGCAACUCAUCACCUUGUGUCUCCCCUACAUCAUCUUUGUCAUCUACGUGGUCCAUAAGGUGUCAAACACACUCACAGUUGACCUGAAUUCCUCAGGACACAUCAAAACCUUUCAGCUGUACAAGAUCCAUCAGGAGUCCUUCAACAAGAUGCCUGUGAACCAGACGCCUCUGGUUGAACAGCCAGGAUGGGCUCGGUGCUUUACCGGAGCCUAUAUGCUCCAUCUGAUGUUCAGGACGCUGCUGGAGGCAGGCUUUGGAGCAGCUCACUAUUACCUGUUUGGUUUCUACAUCCCCAGAAGAUUUCUGUGCCAGAAUCCACCAUGCACCACCCAGGUGGACUGCUACAUCUCCAGGCCCACUGAGAAGACUGUGAUGCUCAACUUUAUGCUUGGUGUGGCGGGUCUGUCCUUAUUCCUAAACGUGCUGGAUUUCAUCUGUGCCAUCAAGCGCUCAGUGAGGCAGAAGAGCAAAAGAAAGUUGAUGGUGGAGAAAAUAUUUGAGGAAGAGCAGUGUUUCCUUUCAGCUGGAGGAGACUCCAGGGUGACUGACCCAAACACCUCCCUCGUGCAGCCAGAUCUAGAGGUACAAUCUAGUCAAGUUGGGAGUUUCAGGAAGAGGCGAGCCAGCAAGGGCUCUUGUGCAGGUGGAACUCUUGAUUCAGGUCAGGAGCCUCCCUCUCUGGAGCGCUGCUCUUUGCCUCGCUCUCUAGGACCUCCAGCCUGCAACACCAACGGGAACAAUGACUACUCAGUUUCCCAAGAGGAGCUUCCGGACAGGGAUGGCAGUGAGGUGGCUCUCUGCCCUCAGGAACCCAUGGGGACACCCAGGUCCAUUCGUGUUAGCAAACGCAGCCGACUCAAACCCCCACCUCCACCCAGACGGGACCUUGGACUGCCCCUUGGGGUGUCAGCAGCCCCAGUCAGGAAUGUUUCCACAGCAACAGCAAUCUGUACUCGGAGGGUGGGUCAGUAUACGUUGGUUGAAUUGGGCAGCUGCACAGAGCUACAGAGCAACGAUGAUGGCCAGGAUAAGAGAUCAGAGUGGGUGUGACUGAUAGGGUUGUAUUGCUUUAUUUCCAGUUUACUUGGCAACAUAAGAAUGUUGCAAAUAUGGGAACAAUGUUAGGUGAAGCAAACAGCAGCUGCUGGGGCUGACAUUCUGCCAUGUCUUCUACCUCUUUUUACACUGCAGGCUGCUCACUCUCGUGAGGAGAAUCCAAAAUGGCAAUGCAUUCACCAGACACCUUAGACUCAUGAAGCAUAAUCCUAUUUGCUGUGAUUUUUAUCAGGCUAUCUGACCACGUCUCCUCUGAGCAGCACUUGCCCAGCGAUGCAAAGUGACAAGAUUUCAACAAAGCCUCUGAGCAAAACAAUUCAGGAAUGACAGAAACUCAAGCCUUAAGCGUCCUUAAGCAAACCUCAACCUUGAAAAACAUCUAAAAGAGUGCAGUCCACCUGUUUCCUCCCAUGUUUGUUUUACCUCCCCCAACACACUGUCCAUAAACAAAGGCAGGCCUUGACCUGUGCUAACUACACAAACCCCUCACCCCCACCACAGUUACUCUACAUGACACCGACAUGGAGCUCUUCUUUUGGUGUGGAGGUCACUGGGGUCAGAGUGGACAUCGACAGCCUUGGGGUUGUGCACUCGGGUGUUUGGGUGACCUUUCAGAAUGAGAGGCUUUGUCCAGAAUGAAAGGCAGUAAUCUCACUGAAGGUGCUCAUACCAGGCUCAUCGAAUGGAAUUGGAUUCCUCCUAAGAAGUGAAGGACACUAUGAAGGCCCCUAAAGCCGACACAGGAUCACAAAGCAAUUAUGUUCCCCCAUAGGGACUCUGUAUUUAUGGAGACAGCUUGUCACUCUAUUUCAGGGCCUCGUGGAGCUUAGGAGGAAUACAAACCUUAACAUACACUGACACUAGAAAUAGAGCACAGCAGCCCUGUGCAAAGUGUUGUCUGAUGCCCUUCAGGAUAUCGGCACUCUGAGCUUUGAUCAAGGUGAAACCAAAGCCACAGCAGAGCAGAUUAAUGUGGGUGAGACAUUAGUGUCCCACUUUGGCUCAUGCCAGUCAAAAACACCAUAAUAACUUGUUCAUUUGCUGAAAUGUGUCCAUUGUAAUCUGUGUAACCUGUCAGCGUAGUUUCUUAAAAUUUGUGGCCUAACUCACACAGAGACAGCGAGUCUCCCACAGUAAAUCAGUGGCAUCCCUCUUGUACCUGUCGCCCUGUGGCUGAGAGGCUGGUCUCUGUGUAAAGGGAUAGCUCUUGAUCUUCGUCUUCUUGUGGUCUUUUUGAAGAUGACAACAAAAGCUUCCAGCCUCAUAUCUCACCUUGCUCUCAGAGUGCUGCACCCUGACUGUCAUAUGGGUGACCACAGGGGGUUUUCAUCAGAGCAAAGCAGGGACGAUAAACAUGUCUUCUACCAAAGCUGUUGUCUGGAUCAACUGACUUUUAAUCUAAAAUGAAGCUGUAAAAAAAUUACUUUCUAACAUAUAUCACUAAGUGCCACUUUUUAAUAUUGAAUGAUCUAUGUUGUGUCCUCAGUUAACAUUGAAUUCCAUUUUAAUGUUGUCAACUGCUACAAUAUCAGAUGAAUUUAUGUAGUUUCAUACACUGUUAAAUGUGAAGUUGAUUUCUUUUUAAAGUGAAAAUACAUAGUUUUUGUUUGAUCUCUUAUUUUUCUAUGUUUCACUUGUUGACUCGCAAAUGUAAAAUUAUAAUUUUUUUGGCCUUUGUAAUAUGUAAGACAGUAGAGAGAGACAGGAAACGUGGGUAGAAGAGUGGGGGAAAGACAUACAGUAAAUGGCCAUGGGCUGGAUUCAAACCCAUAACCGCUGCAUUGAGGACUAUCGCAUCUGUUUGUGAGUCACCUGCUCAGCCAGCUGAGCUAUCUGGGUGGCCUCAAAUGUAAAAUUUGACUGUUGAUCAGCAAUUCUGAGUUUUAUUCACUAUGCUAGUAUAUAAAACACUAAAGAGCACUUUAUUGUAGCUUUUCUUGCUCGCUCCAGUCAGUUGUGCUGUAGCAGUCCAUGCACCAGUACUAUAGUGUGAAAUCAUGCUGCCCUCCAGUGACACAGAAUGUGAAAUGCUGCCGUAUAUUAAACCACCACUUCAAAUCAGCUUCUCUCUGCUACUGUGAUGAUGGACUUUGAUGUGUAAUAUGGUUUUCCUGCAUUUCCUGAGCUUCAGAAUUCUUCAACAUCACUGAAAUGGCUUUAGCAGGAAAUGCAAAGUUACUUAUCAUGAUCUAUUGCAUGCAAAGAUCAUUUCAGUUUCUUAAUUUCACAGUGUUGUCACUGACAGUAAAUAUGAAGUUCAAUAAUGAAUAAGCCAUGACUUGCAAGAUAUUACAGAGAGUUUUGAGGGGUUCUAAAGUUGUUUUGUUGAUGCAGACUUACAAGUCAGAGUCACAGACAGGAUGGGAUUAAUUUGUCAAAAGGCCCUGGGGCUAAAAUGAGCCGUCUGGCCUAAUCAAGCCCCUGCAGUGUCCUGCUUUUUCUUUAUCACUGUAACCUUUUUAGUUCCAAACCUCAAUCUUUGUCUAACAACAAAGCCCCUAAACAAGCCCCUGAGUGCCCAAACUUAACCAAAGGAAGGAAGAUAAAUCAUGUUUCAGUUGCAAUAGGUGUCACAUUGAGCUGCACUACACUCGAUGUAUGUUUCUACCAUACAUAACAUUGCAAUUUAGCUGUUUUUUCAGGCUGCACAAAAUGUAUAGAUCUAUCUUUGACAUGUCAGUGCUGUAGUUUCCCUGCAUUGCUAUGAGCUCUUAUGGCCCCUCCACCACCCCAACAUCCACCUGUAGGCUCCAAGGCAGAAGAGCUGCUCUCAUCACCCCCAAAUAUACAUAAGUACACAUUUGUGUGUAAUGAUGAAUUUUGACCCUUAAGGCCAAACUUUUCAUUGUUUAGAUAAAAUAUUUCAAAUGUGAGUGGUCCAACAAUAAUGACAUGCUUUUAUUAAACAACAUAUUCAUAGAGAUGUUUCCCAAUCAUGAUAAUAAAACAGCAUGAGUGAAUUGUGCUCAAUAGGCUGCUUGCUCAUUUAUAUUUAGAACAGCCAGAGGAAAUAGUUCUGAGAGUGGAGCAAUGCUCUUAAAGUCAAUUAAGCUACAAGACUCUUUAAAUCUGCCCCUUCUAUUCUACUAUGUUUGUGUCUUUCUAUAGUGGAUCUGUGUUUUCUUCUUCCAUCUGCAUCUCUAAUAUUGCUUCCAACUGUCAUCAACUACUUGCUCAUGGGAAAGUGAGGAGUGUUUAAGUUCUUCUUUUUCAUUCUUUUUUUAUUUACUGUAUUUCAAUUAACAAAACAAAAUGAGAUGUUUGCAGUUAUGCAAAUUAUGAAAGAAAAAUGAUCUAUAUUAAAGACUAAAAAUAUUGUUUUUAAAAACAUAUUUUAUAGAUUUUUCCUGCUUUGUAAAGUUACAAAUAAUGUCACAUAAAACCACACAAAAUGCAUUCAUUUACAUGUAGAGGAUAAAAUGAAACAAAGAAAUAGCCAAAACUGUGCCUACUGUCACCAUCAAAAAUCUGCAUUUUAAAUAGUAAUGUGUUCUUUUACAAUAUGUUACCUUAAAAUGAUGGCUUUACUGCAUUUAAAUCAGCUAAAAACACCCAGUUAUUUUACAGAUAUUUCAUUUUAUUUUCACAUUUUUACGAUUUUUGAAUGUUACAGUAUUCAGCUGUUUUUUUAACAUUCAUACAUGGGAGCUGUCUAGUGCACAUACAGUGUUUGUUAAAAGAGCCGCACUUCAACUCAGAGUUACUUCCAG